GCAAGGUGCUGAAAGUGGUGUCUGUCCCAAAGACAACUGGGAGACUGAGGAGAUCAUUCUGGAGGAGCUGACCGUCUUUCAGCAACAGGUGUACGUGAGCAGUGAUGAGGGAGUGGUCCAGUUACCGCUGCAGCGGUGUGGGCUGUACGGUAGAGACUGUGCUGACUGCUGUCUGGCCAGAGACCCUUACUGUGCCUGGGAUGGGAACACAUGCAACCGAUACUUCCCCAGCAACAAGAGGCGAGCCCGGCGCCAGGACGUGAAACACGGGGAUCCGAUGAGCCAGUGUUACGACGCAGAAGACGGUUCUGAGUCGGUGGAGGUGAAGGUGGUAUACGGAGUGGAGAGUAACUCCACCUUCCUAGAGUGUGUACCCAGGUCCCAGCUAGCUACAGUCAAGUGGACAGUACAGCCACCACAGGCUCACACCGGCAGAGAGGUGAGAGACGGACAUCUCUCCAAGUGGACAGUACAGCCACCACAGGCUCACACCGGCAGAGAGCUGCUCCAGAGUGAGGAUCGUAUGGUCCACAUGAAGCGGGGUCUCCUGGUGCAGCGACUGGAGCCAGGGGACGCUGGCCUCUACAGCUGUACCACCCUGGAGCACUCCUUCUCCCAGYUCCUGGCCCGCUAUAACCUCCAGGUCAUACCCCAGCAAAGCAUGACAGCAUCCCAGGCCAAGGCAGCUGAUCCUGGGGCUGGGGGAGCAGGACUGAGGUGGGGCCCUGGAGGUCCUGGGAGCCARACCCAGAGCCACGCCCAGCUCUUCAGGAAUUAUAAGGACCUGCACAUGAUGGGCGCAGCUAGUAUGAGCGUAGACGAGUACUGUGAGCAGAUGUGGCACCGGGAGAAGAAGAGGCAGCAGAAACUGCGUCAGCUCAAGUGGAAACAGACCCAGGUGGACAACCGCAAGGCCAGGGUGAGACGGCACGACUCCACUGAGGACAUCACAAUACAAUGACCUACGGAUGGGGAUGGACAGAGACUUUUGGUUUGCGUCUGAAAUGUCACCCUAAUUCCUAUAGAGUGCACUGCUUUGGACCAGGGUCCAUAGGCCUAAGGUAGUYCACUUUUAAAGGGGAUAGAGGGCUAUUGUAGAUGUAACUCUGGAGAUGAAGGGAAUGUAUACAGCAAGACCUCAGUGGUAGUGCUGCACAUGAGCAGACCCUUUGCUUUGAACAGAUAUGUACGCUUAACAUUAUUAUCAGUCAGUUAACCUUUUUGUCCAUAGAAGUAUCCUUUUUAUAUAGAUGUUCUGGAUGUAUAUUCCUCAUCAAUCCUGAUCCUUGAUCCCCUGUAUUCUGUGUAUUCUGUGUAGACAGGAUCGUGAUCGAUCUUUUUGUACCUGGACCGACCCGUUAAAGUCUAUUAUUGCUCUCUGGACUGGUAGGUUUGUUUACUGAAUAAAAAGCAGGCCGGACCGUUCUCCGUCACACAUGUCGAGGGCAAAUACACUGUCCCAGAACUACAACCACAG